AUGCAAAUACAUUUAAAAUUUAUUAUGACGAAUUCUAUUUUAGUCUGUCUCUUAUUUACUCUUAUUGGUUUAACUGCUUCAAUUGAUAACGAUUCUGUUAUUAAAUUAAAUGUUUAUCCAAAUUAUGGUUUUGUAGCAGAAAAUAUUGAAAUUCGUUGUCAAAUAAGUGCACCAUCUGACUAUGAUCACAUCUACUUAUUAGUUAAAACAGAUAAUGUUAGACCAUCUGGUAUACUUCUUAUGGUAGAUAAUACAGUUAAUCAAUGUCGAAUAAAUAAAGCACAAUUUAUUACUGUUCAUAUUUGUAAUUCUACAUUAAUACUUAUUCAUAUUAAUCAUGUAGUUCUUAAUGAUACUCUACAUACUAUACAGUAUGAAUGCAAUCAAGGUGAAGAAAGUGCUCUCAGUUCAUAUCAAUUAUUAAAAGAGCAACCAGCACAAUAUUAUGAUAUGAAAUCUACCAAUUCUUCAUCUUCAUUAACACAUACACUUCUUCUAUUAUUAUUAUUAUCUGUUCUUCUAAUCACACGACUAACGACUACAUAUGAAUUUCGAUAG